AUGAACUACACAGGCAUUCUCGCCUUGACUGCCGUCGAGCAGGCUGUGUUUGCGGGCACCGCAGACGAGGGAUCGACGUCAUUUGGCAAUGCUUUCACGCAUUUUACCUUUGAGACAGGCGACGACCGCUACAAGCAGCUCGAACACGGCGUCUUCGUCGCGCAGGGCCGUUUCAUCGUCCAAAAGGACAAAUCGGUGGUGGUCGAGUACCGAGUCAGUCAGGUGGUUCACGCGUAA